AUGGAAGUCAUCGGUCAAGGUUUCAACUUACCUUUAGAAGACAUGAGUAUUACCAACGAUAAUAUUGAUAUUUAUGCAAAAUGGCUUUUUGAGCCUCAACACCGACCAGCAGCUGUGACUCAGGAAGGAUUAGAGCAGGAGUUUUAUCAGAUCAUAUUUCACCAGCUUUCUUUGUUAUUUCAGCCUCGUAUCCUACAUUCGGCUAACAACGCCUAUGCUUAUAACACUCCAGCGAAUUCGACGGCCUCAACAGCAAGCACUGCAGCUACACAGCAUUCAACUUCGCACAAUACGAAGUCAGCGUUUCAUUUGAACAUGCUAGCAGCAGGCGCUCACAGCACGCUCGUUCCUAUACCUUUCAAUGAUACUCCUUCUAGUAGGCCAACAACUACCCCACAACAGCAGCAAAAGCAGCAGCAACAACAGCAUUUGAGUCAACUAGUGCAGAAGCAUGUCGAGUUAUGUAAAAAAACACUCAAAGUAUUUGCAAUGGCAGGAAGAACUUUAAAAUUGUCUCCAAAGACGUGGACGGAUUUAUUGAAAGUGAUUUUAGGUAUCUCUGACUAUUUAUUGAAAGAAACUCGACAGGAACAGCAAGUUGGAUCGGGCUCCGAUACCGCAGUGGAUAUCAAUAUGGCAGACGAGCUAUGCGAUACUUUAUUGCAAGUGCUUUUCGAAUUAUGGCUACGGUCAAAAACCAUGGAUUUGGAAAUGUGGAACAUUUUAAAGACUUGUUUUGCGCGAUGGACACACCGGUCCAAAACUAUACAACAGUGGAGCUCCACUUCUUUGGCCCUCACUAAGCAUAUUCAGUUCUUACUCUAUGGCGCGAAUGAGGGCACUGAACGUGUUUAUUUGAGCGGCCCUAACAUUAAGUUAGAGCUUCCCAAGGAGUUUGUCCAUUAUGCGUGGUACCGCGUCUUAUACUUACUACCUCAUCCAUUACAGCUUCCUCAUGCUCAUAACUUCACAUUAUCCAUGUUAGCCAUUGGAAAGUUGGUAGAAACGUUGUUGAAUAAUACUCAGCAACAACAAAAAGGUACAACCAAUGUCCACACUACCACAGCUGUUAGUGAGGACACAUAUAAUCAAAGUAGACCAAACGGAAAUACAAUCUUAAAUAUGUUUGGCACUUACCUGUUUGAUGCUACAUCAAAAACAUCCAUAACUAUACCCACGCCAUUACGGACAAUAACAUCUGCUUCACCACUAUCAACCACAAGCAUAACCAAUUCUAAUAAUGGCCAAAAGAAGGAUGAUCUGCAAGAAUUUCAACGUGGAUGCGCUGAAUCUUUUGCCACUCUAUGUAAAAUUUUCUGUACUCCUCAGCAGAUAGAACCUUUUCAUCGUACGUAUAUUGAGCGCUUUUAUGCUGCAAUACGUAUCGGACUUCAAUCAGAUGUUUGUCUCCCUACUAUCUUACUCUCCUGCACUGAUCUAUUCGCUGCUACAAAUUUGGAAGGAGUGCGUAUGUUGGUGCCCGAUUUCAUUGCUGCAAUCAAGAUGAUUCUUCCCAAGUUGCGUUUUGAUUACAAACUUACCAAUGGCAUAUCCAUUGACCAGUUAAGACUGGCAGCACUGAAAGUAUUGAGUACAAUCAUGUGUAUGCCUAACCAUUUUGAAAAGUUGAAAGAAAAGAAAGGCGGUUUGUCAAUACGGGACGACUACGAAUUGUGUCGAAAUAAUUUAACUGAGAAUGUGUCAGUAGCAUCUCCAAUGAUAGGAGAACAGGAACAAAUCAUUACUCAAUUGAUACGUGUACUAUAUGCGUCAUCGGCUAGUACAGAAGAGUCUGAUUUUACAAACUCAUCUCUAAAAUUUUACAUUUUAGAGGUUUUGCUCAUGUCGCUACGCACAGAAACCUCAUCAUAUAAUAUGAGAUAUAUUCUUCAUUUAAUUAACGUGUAUGUGAUAGAAGAUGUUCCCUUUUGUCCUGGACUGGUUGGCACAGUUGUAAAGUUGAUACAGGAGAAGAUUCUCACAAUGCAAUUACCAGCAGAUGUUACACUGGUGGCUUUCGAUGUAUUAAUGAACUUCGUUGAUCUAUAUGAUUUUGUUAAGCGGGACAGUAAGAACGUCGCAAGAGAACUUGUUUUGGCGCUUAGUCGCUAUGUUGAUACCCUGUUAUAUGCUGGCAAGCUUGCUCAAACUUAUCCUCUCAUUGUUCAAGCAUAUGAUUGUAUGAUUAAAUGGAUUUUGAUCAGUCAAUGGAUUAUUGAUGAUAGUGAUUGUUAUAAUGCUGUAAUUGCAACAUUAAGUAGAGGAAUUACCAUAUUUGACAGAAAUACGGCCGCAACUUCAGAAACCGUAGCAGAGCCCAAUACAGCGGUUAAUGUUGAGAAGAAAAAGAAAAGAGAGACAGCUUUCCCUCCACCUAAGCAAUUAUUCCAGUUACCACCUAGAGUGGGCAAGAGCGGGCAUUCCCAUCAGCAUAACAAUUUUCAGCAGCCGCAUAUGGAUCCAGCGAGUACAACUUCCACAGGGUCGAAUUCAACAGUUAGAAAGAAGGAAGAAGUGGCAGUCCGUAUGGCAGCCGAAUAUUGUAUGUCGCAAUUAAUAAACCAUUUGGGACGUUUCCCGUUACCUUUGGAACAGGUAAUACUAGGCAAGAAAACAAUAAAUAACGGCUCAACAGCUAGACUGGCAAUGAUGGAUGACAUUGAGUAUCUAAAACAACUCGCAGUCAACGAUAACAGCAAUGAAACAACUGCAAUAUCUGAUAUGAAGUUCUUUUUGAUCGAUAAGAGAACGAUCUUAACCAUUAUUGAUGUAACUUAUUCAGAACAUGAAAAGAAGAAUGAACUAGGGCAAGUACCAUCCAUUAUAGUCAUUAUCCGAGAUACAACAGGCAAAUAUGUUUGGUCUAUGAAAGCACGUUAUAAGGAAGACAGGGGAAAAUUAUCAGAGCAAGUAGCAACACCAUCAUCACCGUCGUUGAUAAUAGAAUCGCCGAAAAUUAUGACACCUACAAUGGACAAACAGCUGCAAUCGUUGCCUCAUGUGGCACCUACUGUUGCUGCUGUGAAUGAGAAAGAAAUGCCUACUAUUAAAACUCUAUUUGCACCAGAAACUGAAGCGUAUGAGCAAUGGCAAAGCCUUAAACAAUUAAUACAAAAGCAAGAGGAGCUCGAACGAAAGUUACCGUCAACUCAACACAUCGAUACAACGAAUGUAGAUCAGAUCAGGACGGUGAAUGACUCCAAUUACCGGCAACAACAUCAAGAACUAAAUAAAGGAUUUAGAUUGUUUCUAGCACAAAUUGGCUAUCUUUUGUCUGAGAAUAGAUACCAUAUCACUCCACUACACUUAAAUGACUCCCUAAUAUCAGAAAUAGAAAGAUUGGACCAACUCAAUGAGUCCGGAGACACAACCUGGGAAGAUUUGAUAAAGAAACCAUCUCCUUUAAGCGAACAAUUUCUACAAUUCAUCCACUGUCUAGGUUGGCCAAUUAAAACAGUCGAGCAUAAAGGAUUUAAAGGCAAAUUGGAUGCUUCUUGCUGUGAUACUAUUCCAUACUAUUCGGAUCGGACAGUGGAGUUUAUGGUCAACGUUCCUUACUUUAAUAAAAGGAAAGAAAAUUUAACUCUACCUGAUCAAUUCAGUCAGAUAUCCUCUGAGGACCAUGUAUGCAUCGUUUGGAUAGAAGACAUGAUGCACUAUAAGAGACUGGCCAAAGUAAUCAAAAAUUGUACGGCAAAAAUGAUGGUAUAUCUAUUCAUUCACCCGCUAAAAAAAAGCGCACACAGACUCUAUUGGAUACGUAUAUGGAUACCUUCCUUUACCGAUGCUAAUCAUGCUAAUCAGCUUGCCAGCCAGCGAUUAAAUGAAAAUGCUUUGGUUUUUGGACCUUUGGUGGAUGGCAUUGUUGUGAGCCGUCAUGCGUUGGGCUCGAUGGUUAGGAGUACAGCUAUUUCUGCCCACCAAGCAUGUAGAGUUGUGACCGACACGUAUACAAGGCCUUACGUGAUACGUAAGGAGUAUAUUGAAGAAGUAGCACUUCGACACCGGAGCGAAGUACCGUUAUCUACGUAA